AAAAGAACAACAGAAAGACAAAUAUUUUUACCGCCCGCCAUCCAUCCUCCCACAAUUUGGAUUUGUCAAACAGACAUUCAUUAUAAAAACAACCAGACACACAAACCUACACUCGUAUACUCGUAUGUGUCGUCUUCAGUGGUUAAAAUAAAAUCAAAUAAAAAAAGAACCAAAAAAAAAAAAAAAAACAGCAAAUGAGUAGAACAACUAGUCAGGACAAUCCAAUGCCAGGACAUGUUUAAAUAAAUUUUAAACCUUUAACGGUCUGGUCGACAAAAAACUUAAAGUCUUAAAGGUGCGCUCGCUCUCAUACGGUUGGUUUGUAGACGUGCAAAAAGAACACGUACCACGUACGAACGGAACUCUUUAUUGUCUGUCAGCAAGUGGUCAUAUCCCAUCAGACAACAAACUGCUGGCUGCACCACAUUUGUUACCGCAAUACGAAAAAGUUGGCCACUAGAGCUUGUUGCUUCGCGCUUCCUUGCAGAAAACAAGAAGUUGAACAGUUGACAUUAUAUACUUUUUAUUCGGCUUCCUCUUACUAUUACUAUUGUUGUUGUUGUCUUAUUACUUAUUUGUGUGUAGUGCCAGGACACAUACAAAAAAUCAAACCAAAAAUAAAGUGAACAAAAAAAAAAAAAAAAAUAUCAAGAAAUAAUAACAAAAAUAUAAAACGACAAAGAAGUCGACGACGGCUACUUCCUUUAUAGAGGAAUCGGAAAUUUUUAAGCGGAAAUUAUUGAAAUUUUGUUUCAGUUUCAUUUUCAUUUCAAACUAAUACACUUGAGAAAAAAACUCUUACCACAAACACACAUACAUAGCUAUCCACAUGCACCUGUAAGUGAGUGAGUGACGCGUCUUAAAGAAAAUAAAUAGUGCAUACGUUAAAGGGCAAACAAACCUUCCUUUCCGCUUGGGUUUUUGUUUUGUUGUCUCUUAGUGAGUGUGUGUUUUUUUAUUAGUCCCGUUUAGUUAUUUGAAUUUGUGGUCGUUGACAAAUUACAUGAAUAUCCGUUUCCAGUGAAAGUGUGUGAAAAGUGCGCGCAAUUAAAAUGCGAUAAGUCGUUUCCUUUUUUUGUAUUUAAAUUGUUGUCAUUGUUGUUUUUCAAUCAAAUCCGUCGGUUUUAUUUGUUGAAAAUUAAAUAAAAUUACAAGCAAAUAAUAUUGCAAAGUGAAUAAUAAAUAUAAACUAUAUAAACUCUUUUGGAUAAAUCUAUAAACAAUACUUGAUUACUUUAUUUAACCGUAUAGUAACUCGAUAUAUCAAUUCAAAAUGUAUGAAAAUUCAUGUUCAUAUCAAACGGCCUUGGACCUGAAAAGGGUGUCACCACCCACUUUGGCACAAGUUAAAACAGAAGAUUGUAUAACUCUAGGACAAUGUUCACCCGAUUGGACCUCAUAUCGUUUUCAUCAGUCCACCUUUGAGCAGUUAAAACAAAGUGUAGAAAAAGCCAAAGCGGCAUUACAAGAUCGUAGUACAUUUUUUGGAGCUUCCAGUGCAUUUAGUGAUAUUUAUUCAACGCAACGUUUAAGUGACACUUUGGAUACUCUGCCCUCUGUACAAAGUAGCAAUACUGCCAAUUGUAUUGGCAUUCAGGUGCAUAAUAGCGGUUCUGCUGCCAUGGCACCCAGCUCUCAAAGUUUAGUUUUAAAUGGCAAUUGUAUAUCAUCAGUAUCGUCGUCUUCGAGUGCCCAACGUUAUCGUUUGGAUACUUUACAACCUGCAAAUUGUUCUCCAGUACCUCAACAUGGUGUUAUAACUUCAAGUGCUGCACCGUCAUCGUUAACGACAACGUUAAUGGAUGUUUCACAUAAUGAUAGUAAAGGGAGGGAUAAAUCCUCUGUUGUGUGUUCUUCCACCUCCGUAUCCACAAAUUCUCAUAACAAUUCCAGCAAUGACAACCGCAGCUUGAGUAAAUGUUUAUCGGGUAAGUUUUAUUUUUUUAUUUUUUUUUU